CAUUAAUUCGUCUUAUUUCCCAUAGAGUGGUCCCCAAAGUUAAGGAACAGGAAAGUCCCCCGCGAUUGAAGGGCUCUUGGGAGACUCCUCUCUCGUCCGUACCAAUCCUUGUUAUAGCUCCCGUGCCCGUGAGAAGGGGGCAGUGCUUCUUAUCUUACCGUCUUCCCUUUCUCUCACUCUUUCUCACGCCAUUUUUAACUCAAUCUCACUAUUGUUUAUUUUCUGUUGUGCUCAUUCCGUUCCUUCUAAUAUUCUGUGUCACGGUUCAUUUACCGGUAGCAAACAGCAAAUAUCGCGCUCGUAUCUCGGCAGACGUCGCUAACAGCAAAGCGAGAGUGGUCUGUUUAUCCAAUAUCCUCAACUUUCAAUGCGUUUUACCGAAAAACAAGGAAAAUAGAGGAUACUUAUUCGGCGUGUCGAUUUCUGAAACGGAGCAUCGGGGUCGAAACAGGGCAAAUUUACACGAAACGAACACUUGGGCAGGAUAUUAUGGAUGCGCGACACGCUUGACAGACUUGUUUUUUUCGCGACGACAAACGAAAAGAGUUCAUCUGUGAAGUUGGAUGAGGUGUUGGUGAAACGUUGGCGGAUCUGAAGGAGCUCGUUGUUGGUUUGUGCGACCGCGACAUUUAUUCGGCAUUACGAUAUCAUUUUCAACCUCACCUCAAGUCACCUCAUCACAUCACAUCUCACAAAAUCAUAAUCAAACUCAACCAUGGACGCUCCAAACCCUCGACAUGGAAGUCAUCCAUCGGACUCGAUCCCGGACGCCGCAUAUCCCAACGACUCUCCUUAUCGACCCGGCGAUAACUCACCACAAACCAUGGCUACUCCCGGCGCAUCGCCAUCCUCACCAUCACCACAGUCUUACUCAACACCACCACCAACACACUUCGGCGCCAGUAUCCCCGCAUACUCCAGUCCAACGCCAUCGCCAUGGUCCCCCGCUAUACCCUCAAGUCCGCCACCUCCAUACGAUCCGUCCCGUCCGCCAGCGAUAUACUCUCCACUCGCACCACCAUCGCCAAUCUCCCCACCUCCGCCUCAGUAUCCGCCUUCAACGCCUUGGCCAUACCCGCAAGGCAGCAGUUCUGGCUCUAGUCUGAACGCACCGUACAAGAUGGGACCUGUGGCUACGGCGAGAGCACGACGGAGGAGAAAACUGCAGAUCCUCGCUUUGGCGCUUUGUGCGGUGAUGAUCUUCUUCGUUGCGUUGAUCAUGGGGAUUCUGAUGGGUGUUGUGAAGGUGCAGUGGAAGAACAAUGACGAUGAUUAGGCUCGAUUAGCUGGGUAUGCACCUGUCACUCACAGUUUACUUACUUUUCUUUUGUUAAUAUUUAUUUACGGGAUAUUCGGGCUGUGGAUGCAGCAAUGGCAUGGCGUUGGGCAUGGGUCUUUUCUUGAUAAGAGGAUUUAUCUGGAAGUGAAGCGAUUACCACACAAAAUACAAAUGGGCUCGUUUUCAUCAGAUCUGGGUUUUCAUUGACGCGUGAUGUGAUGUCUUGUUCAUCAUGCGUUCACCUAGUUACACAUUGAGUGGAAACCAUCUUCCGUACAGCACAUCAGCAAGUAAAGGAAAACCAUCAUCUCCUUGUAGAAGGCGUUCUCAAGCCACGCUUUGAGAAUUCAAUCCAUACCCAUCUACAAGCCUUUUAGGUCUCUCUUAGGCGGUUACACUAUGUGUGAAGACUAAGGAGUAUAAGUUGGUGUUCAAAAGUGAGGAAGACAACCUAGCUACCCUGUAUGGCACAGACUUCGAGCAUAGCACAUGAGUUUUGGUCUAUAUCAGGACGAGGCCAAGUCUUCUGAGACAGUAUGAAUCACAGACACAUUCUAAGCCUCCUUCCAUUGUCUACUACUGCAUAGCAUUCGCUAAGGGACGUUACAGAGGCGUCAACUUUUAGCCUUCCAUCGUUAGCACCAAGAAAGAAUGCCCAGGCUCCAGGCCUCACACCCACCCAAUUGCAC